AUGGUCCCCAAACCUAAGCCCCCACCACCACGAGCCGAAAAUGCUAAACCACAGUCGCCGGAAGAACUGGCAUUUUAUGCUCCGAACCACCUAUGUUUGGUCGUUUUGGGUAUAUUGCUUUGCCCUCCCUUGGGAAUUCUAGCUUUCAAGGAGAGAAAAAAGAGUUUCUUGGUUCAGAAACUGACCACUAUGCUGUCGCCCUUACAGAUCAUGCUGGCUAACCGCAACAGCGAAUGGGAACAGGCUUACAAAAGCUCACGCAAAACUGGUUGGCUAUCUGUGUUCUCCAUACUCGGUGGUUUGGCCAUCAUUUAUCUACUUUUUCUAUAUAUAUGA